AUGGUAGUUGAUGCCUUGAACAAAGCUCUCGGUGACAGAGGCCUCCAUGGCAAUGUCAGGCAUGUUUUUCAGGCUGAGUUGGACAAGGAGAAGAGGUCAUACCUCUUGAAGCACCAACAAGUUCCUGCAGUCUUCGGAGAUGUGUGCGAGGUUGCCACCGGGUCGUCAUUUGAGCACCGGACGUGUCAGUCUCUGCAAGUACCUGGUUGUGAUAUUCUUGUGGCAGGGUACUCAUGCAAGGAUCUGUCCGGCCUGAAUAACAAACCAGCUGCGAUCCAUGAUACUUCACGAGGGUCAGGUCAGACUUUGCAAGCCGCUCUGUCAUACGUCAGUCGCUAUGAACCGGCCAUCGUCGUCUUGGAGAAUGUCAAGACUAUGUACUGCGUCCGCUCCAUGGACCAGGGUCAGAAACCUAUGGCGUACCUCACAGCGCAGAUGAAGUCCAAGGGCUAUGUCGGCCCGGAACCGCAAAUGUUGCUCAACAGCUUCGACUUCGGGCUUCCUCAGUCGCGGCCACGUGCCUGGAUGGUUUUUUUCCACACUGGAAAGGUAAAGGGGGCGGAGACACUGGUGCAACGUCUUCCUGACCGAGUUUGCUCGCUUCGGCAUCAACCACGUCCCCUGAAGGAAGUGCUUGCUGACGAUGAAAUGGAUGUCGUGUCCGACUUCGCCUUCGUGACAGCUUCAAGCCCUGAAGUCCAGGAUGCUCUACUCCAGGCAAAACACUCAGGGCCCAAGUGGGUGGACCUCCUGGCUGCCUUCAUGGAAGAACACCAAAUUUCAGAGCAGGAGUUGGGCCAGAAAAUUGCUGAACUGUACCGGACACUGACUUCAACCACCUUGACCUCGAUGCCAGCAUCUUUCCGGCAAUUCGUCGGUCGGUAG